AUUAAACACAUUUCAGGCGUUUUACGUUUAGCGUUUGUUUUGUCGUGCAGCUGUUGCAGCGGAAGUACAGCGGUGAAGGUGAAAGAUAACACUUCCGGAAACAUUUGAGCGGAGGCUAGCGGAAGAUGCUAACGGCGUUUGUGAGAAUCAGUCGGAUUAAUAGAGGACUAAACAUGGAGGAUUUCUCCGGUAACUGACGGAUAUGAUCGCAGAAGGCGAACGAGGCGACACAUGCAGAGAAACGAGCGCAGAAGCGAGAUGAAGUGACCGGCGGCGGCGGCUUUUGUUCGGCGCGUUUCGCUCCCGAUCUCACAUAAUAAACACAACAGCAUUCAUAACGCGCCGAUUAUAAUAAACACAACAGCAUUCAUAACGCGCCGAUUAUAAUAAACACAACAUUCAUCAUAACGCGCCGAUCAUCUGUUUCUGAACCCGCGUCCCGGUUCGUGUUUGCUUCUAGCGGAGAAUCUGAGGAACACGCAGAAAUGAGCAGCUGAUCUCGCAGAGGGAUCCGUUCCCGUGAUCAUGAUCUGACGCUCCGGUCCGUGUGUCAGCGGUUAGUCAUGGCGUUGUUCCGCGAGUUCGUGGCUCCGCCGGAGUGUCCAGUGUUCGAGCCCAGCUGGCAGGACUUCAGCGACCCGUUCGGCUUCAUCCACAGAAUCCGGGAGAUCGCCGAGAACACGGGCAUCUGCAAGAUCCGACCGCCGCAGGGCUGGCAGCCUCCCUUCGCCUGCGAUGUGCGCAGUUUCCGCUUCACUCCUCGAAUCCAGCGGCUCAAUGAGCUGGAGGCCCUCACCAGAGUCAAGCUCAACUUCCUCGACCAGAUCGCCAAGUUCUGGGAGCUCCAGGGCUGCAAACUGCGCUUUCCUCACGUGGAGAGAAAAUUGCUGGACCUGUACCUGCUGAGCAAGCUGGUGUCUGCAGAAGGAGGUUUUGAGGUGGUCUGUAAGGAGAAACGCUGGUCCAGGAUCAGCAGUCGCAUGGGUUUUCCAGCCGGGAAAGGUGUGGGGUCACUGCUGCGCUCUCACUUCGAGCGGAUCCUGUAUCCGUAUGAGCUCUUCCAGACCGGAGUGACGCUGACCAGCAUUCACAGGCUUUACCCAGAAGCCCCUGACACCGAGGAUGUGGAUGAAGGCAUUGGAGGUGGAGAGGAAGAGGGCGCAGAUGAGGAUGAAGAGAAGGAGAGCCGAGCGGAGAGACGUUCCCCUCGACGGCUCAAGGACGAGAGAGAAAACACGGAGCCCAAAGCCGUGCAGGUGUUCAGAUUAGACAUCAUGGCAGCAGAUGACGAGGGCUUCCUCAGGAAACAGAAGCACAUGAGGGCUCAGGCGUUUGCUUUUAAAAUGCGUCCGCGCAAGGAGGUGCUGGAGGUCAAUUAUAUCGACCUGUACAUGUGCAUGGCGUGUGGGCGGGGCGACGAGGAGGACCGCCUCCUGCUGUGUGACGGCUGUGAUGACAGCUACCACACCUUCUGCCUGAUCCCGCCGCUGCAGGACGUGCCCAAAGGAGACUGGCGCUGCCCCAAGUGUGUGGCGGAGGAGUGCAGCAAGCCUCGCGAGGCGUUCGGCUUCGAGCAGGCCGUGCGCGAGUACACGCUCCAGAGCUUCGGUGAGAUGGCCGACCACUUCAAGUCUGAUUACUUCAACAUGCCUGUUCACAUGGUGCCCACGGAGCUGGUGGAGAAGGAGUUCUGGCGUCUGGUCAGCAGCAUCGAGGAGGACGUGAUCGUGGAGUACGGCGCUGAUAUCAGCUCCAAAGACAUGGGCAGCGGAUUCCCAGUGCGAGACGGCAAGAGAAAACUCAUCGGCGACGAGGAUGAGUACGCGAGCUCGGGCUGGAACCUGAACAACAUGCCGGUGCUGGAGCAGUCGGUGCUGACGCACAUCAGCGGGGACAUCAGCGGCAUGAAGGUGCCCUGGCUGUACGUGGGCAUGUGCUUCUCGUCCUUCUGCUGGCACAUCGAGGACCACUGGAGCUACUCCAUCAACUACCUGCACUGGGGCGAGCCCAAGACCUGGUACGGCGUUCCAGCACACGCCGCCGAGCAGCUGGAGUCCGUCAUGAAGAAAGUGGCUCCGGAGCUCUUCGACUCUCAGCCGGACCUCCUGCAUCAGCUGGUCACCCUGAUGAACCCCAACCUCCUCAUGGAGCACGGCGUCCCGGUGUACCGGACCAAUCAGUGCGCGGGAGAGUUUGUCGUCACCUUCCCAAGAGCCUAUCACAGCGGCUUCAAUCAAGGCUACAACUUUGCUGAGGCAGUCAACUUCUGCACUGCAGACUGGCUGCCCAUCGGGAGGCAGUGUGUGGCGCAUUACCGGCGUCUGCAGCGCUACUGCGUCUUCUCCCAUGAGGAGAUGGUGUGUAAGAUGGCGGCCGAUCCGGAGAGUCUGGACGUGGAGCUGGCGGCGGCUGUGGUCCGAGAGCUCGGAGACAUGAUCGAGGAGGAGAGCCGACUGAGAGCAGCUGUGCAGGAGACGGGGGUGCUGUGCUCGGAGCAGGAGGUGUUUGAGCUGGUGCCUGAUGACGAGCGGCAGUGCUGGAAGUGCAAGACCACCUGCUUCCUGUCUGCGCUCACCUGCAGCUGCAGCCCGCAGCGUCUGGUGUGUCUGCAUCACGCAGCCGAGCUCUGCAGCUGCGCAGCCAGCAACAAGUGCCUGCGGUUCAGGUACGAUCAGGACGAGUUUCCUGCCAUGCUCUACGGGGUGAAGUCACGCGCGCAGUCUUACGACACCUGGGCCAAGAGGGUCACGGAGACGCUGGCGGCCGAUAACAAGAGCAAGAGAGAUCUGAUCGAGCUGAAGGUGCUGCUGGAGGACGCAGAGGACAGGAAGUACCCCGAGAACAGCCUGCUGCGCAGCCUGAGAGACACGGUGAAGGAGGCCGAGACCUGCUCGUCUGUGGCGCAGCUGCUGCUCAGCCAGAAGCAGAGGCACAGAGAGCGUCCCGAGAGCAGCGCACAGAAAGCUGGCAGCAAGCUGACGGUGGAGGAGCUGAAGGUGUUUGUGGAGCAGCUGUACCGCCUGCCCUGCAUCAUCAGCCAGGCCCGACACGUCAGGGAGCUGCUGGAGAGCGUGCAGGACUUCCACGAGCGGGCGCAGGCGGCGCUGGCCGACGAGACUCCGGACUCCGGGAAGCUGCAGGCGCUGCUGGAGCUGGGCUCGGGGCUGGAGCUGGAGCUGCCGGAGCUGCCGAGGCUCAAGCAGGAGCUGCAGCAGGCGCGCUGGCUAGACGAGGUGCGGCUGACGCUGAUGGAGCCGCAGCGCCUCACGCUGGAGCUGAUGAAGCGGCAGAUCGACUCGGGCGUGGGCCUGCCGCCCCAUCACGCCGUGGAGAAGGCCAUGGCCGAGCUGCAGGAGCUGCUGACGCUGUCCGAGCACUGGGAGGAGCGGGCGCGCGCCUGCCUGCAGGCCAGACCUCGCCACAGUCUGCUGACGCUGGAAAGCAUCGUGAUGGAGGCCAAGAAUAUCCCAGCGUACCUGCCCAAUGUUCUGGCCCUCAGAGACGCCCUGCACAAAGCCAAAGAGUGGACGGCCAAAGUGGAGGCCAUUCAGAACGGCAGUAACUACGCCUACCUGGAGCAGCUGGAGGGUCUGUUAGCGAGAGGACGCUCCGUCCCCGUCAGAUUAGAGGCUCUGCCGCAGGUGGAGUCACAGGUGGCUUCUGCUAGAGCCUGGAGAGAGAGAACCGCCCGCACCUUCCUGAAGAAGAACUCCACCUACACCCUGCUGCAGGUGCUCAGUCCGCGUGUGGACAUCGGCGUGUACGGCAGCAGCAAGAGCAAGCGCAAGCGUGUCAAAGAGCUGCUGGAGAAGGAGCGCGGCCUGGAGCUGGACGCUCUGAGCGACCUGGAGGACAGUGUGGAGGACACGCGUGACCCCGCCGCCGUCGUGGCCGCCUUCAAAGCCAGAGAGUGGCAGGAGCUGGAGGCCAUCCACUCGCUCCGCGCCGCUAACCUGGCCAAGAUGGCCCUGGUGGAGCGCAUCGAGGAGGUGAAGUUCUGUCUGUGCCGUAAGACAGCCAGCGGCUUCAUGCUGCAGUGCGAGCUGUGCAGGGACUGGUUCCACGGAGCCUGCGUGCCGCUGCCCAAAGCCGGCUCGCAGAAGAAGCUGGUGUCCGGCAGCAAAGAGAGCAAGUUCCUGUGUCCGCUGUGCCAGCGCUCGCGGCGGCCGCGGCUGGAGACCAUCCUGUCCCUGCUGGUGUCGCUGCAGAAGCUGCCGGUGCGGCUGCCCGAGGGAGAGGCGCUGCAGUGUCUGACCGAGAGAGCCAUGGGCUGGCAGGACCGCGCUCGACAGGCCCUGGCCACCGACGAGCUCUCCUCCGCCCUGGCCAAGCUCUCCGUGCUCAGCCAGCGCAUGGUGGAGCUCGCCGCGCGAGAGAAGACCGAGAAGAUCAUCAACGCUGAGCUGCAGAAGGCGGCCGCCAACCCCGACCUGCAGGGCCACAUCCAGACCUUUCAGCAGGCCGGUUUACGUCUCACCUCACUCGUCUUGUCCGUCUCGCCUCACUCGUCUUGUCCGUCUCGCCUCACUCUUCUUGUCCCUCUCGCCUCACUCUUCUUGUCCGUCUCGCCUCACUCUUCUUGUCCGUCUCACCUCACUCUUCUUGUCCGUCUCACCUCACUCGUCUUUCACCCUAGCCUGAUCUCCGUUCCCUCCUCAGAUCCGGUGGCGCCGCGCAAGCAGCCCAGGAAGACGCCGCUGGUGCCGCGCAGCCUGGAGCCUCCGGUGCUGGAGCUCUCGCCGGCGGCCAAGGCCCAGCUGGAGGAGCUGAUGAUGGAGGGAGACCUGCUGGAGGUGUCUCUGGACGAGACGCAGCACAUCUGGAGGAUCCUGCAGGCCACACACCCGCCCUCAGAAGACAAGUUCCUGCAGGUCAUGGAGCCUGAGGACGCUUCGCUGGACAAACACGUCAAGCUGAAGCUGAAGGACGUGGAGAGGAAGAGGAAGAGGAAGCUGGAGCGAGCCGAGCAGCAGCUGCUUCUGGCCGGCGGCGGCGUGCAGGGACGAUCCAAGUCCAAAGACAUCAAACGGGUUCUGGAGCUCAAGCCCAAGAAGAAGAAGCUGAAGCUGAACCCGGACAAGUCCCGCGAGCUGAAGCAGCUGGCCAAGCGUCUCGCUAAAGAGGAGAAGGAGCGCAAGAGGAAGGAGAAGGCGGUGGCCAAGGCCGAGUUUCCCAAGGAGGGCCUGGAGAAGAAGAGCCGGAAGAUUCUGGACAUUCCCUCCAAGUAUGACUGGUCUGGAGCGGAGGACUCCAACGACGAGAACGCCGUCUGCGCCGCCAAGAACUGCCAGCGGCCGUGCAAGGAUAAGGUGGACUGGGUCCAGUGUGACGGCGGCUGUGACGAGUGGUUUCAUCAGGUGUGUGUGGGUGUGUCGUGUGAGAUGGCUGAGAAUGAAGACUACAUCUGCUCGGCCUGCUCGCAUAAAGCCGCCGUGGCUGUUACAGUGGGAGCAGAGACUGUGGUGAUGUCCUCGCCGGUGUGCAGUGGCCCGUCUGUCCCAGCGCUGCCCCUGACCGACCCUCGGGAGAGCAGUUAACCUCACAAACACACUCCUGUCAAACGCGGCACGGGAAACCAGCUGCUACAUCAGCACAGAAUACAUCACUUCCUGUUUCUGAUAGAUGUAGCUCAUUAUUAUUGUAGUCCUGGAGGAGCCCCUGAUCCGUAUCAAGACUGAAUGAACAUGGUUCGGGGAAAUCUCUGCUUUUCAGUUCCUAAACUAACUAACCCACGUCCACAGUUGAUCUGCUGCGUCACCAUGAGAUCCUGCAGCAGUGAACUUCCUGUUCAGACCGAGUCUCUGCCCUCAGCAUACGGAGGACAGUGAAUCUAUUUAUUAUGUAAAAGGAUUUUAAGCAGUUCAUGAUGGGAAGUUUUUUUUCUCAACUUUUGUCAAAUAAAGAUGAUUGAUGAUGAUGAUAUAUGUCAAGUUUGUGUCUGAUUGUGAAUGUCACUGCUAAUAAAGCAUUCUCUUCUGUG